AUGACAUCCACAUGGCUGGCCCCGCCAUCGUUCUACUCAAAACGGCUGGCGCCCAAUGAGAUACGGCUUAUGGCCCUGCUACCAGGAAGAUGGAAAGAUCCAAUAUCUUGCCAGAUUGGCAUAGACUCGCUGCUGAAAAAGGAGCGGCGAAACGAUUACAAGGCCCUGUCGUACGCAUGGGGUCUGAGGAGCCGCUCAGACCCACCACAUAUCCGAGUGCAGGACACAAUGCUUCCCAUAACAGUCAAUCUUGAGUGCGCCCUGAGACACCUUCGAUUACCAGAUGAGCCCUUAAUCCUGUGGGUUGACGCAAUAUGUAUCAACCAAGCCGAUGUUUUUGAGAGGACUACUCAAGUCUCGCGCAUGGCAGACAUCUACAGCGAGGCCACUGAGGUCAUCGUCUUCCUUGGUGGCGGCCCGGGCCGUCAGAUGAAGGGUUCCGAGAAGCACAAGGACCCUGGACCAUGUAUCGUUUUCACAAAUACAUAUUUGGACGACAGCUUAACGAAACGGGCUCUCUUGAAUUGGACCACGCCAGGCCGCCGGAAACCGAUCACUCCCUUUGACCUUUUCUGCCUCCUAAGGGUCUUGUCGCAACCUCGCAAAACAUCUGACCCGUUCGAGCCCUUGAGAGAAGUUCCAGACGUCUAUCUCACAGUUAUGUUCGAGGGUUUGCGACAAAUGCUCACAGCCCGCUGGUGGGACCGUAUUUGGGUUGUGCAAGAGGCGGUGAUUGCCAAGAAGAUUACACUGAGAUAUGGGGGUGUUUCUGCUCCAUGGGAGAUGCUUGCUGAUGCUGCUUCGACACACUUCCAGCGAGCUGAAGCUCACUAUGCUAGCCCAGUUCCGAGGAAUGAUGUCAAAGUCUUGAAUCUCCUCUCACGAGUACAAGACAUUGACAGCUUCCGCCGAGCGUGGGGAGAAAACGAGAAGCCCAAAAUCUUGUCACUUUUGAGGGAAUUCAGCAACCGCAAAGCUUCCGACGAGCGAGACAAGGUGUAUGCCUUGCUCGGCCUAUGCGACCAAGAUACCGGCAUCAGGCCAGAUUACUCGUCCGAGGUCCGAGAAACGUACAUGCUGGCCACUAUUGACAUUAUCCUACACAAUCGGUCCCUCUCAGUGCUCACGGGAGACCUUGGCCGGAAAGAGAGGCGAGACCUGCCGUCAUGGGUUCCAGAUUGGAGUGCCACAUUUGACGAACAUGAUCGAAAACGGGUUCGACUUUUCAACCACUACAAUGCCUGCGGAGAUGCAAGCUGCAGCAUAUUGGAACAUGACAAAAUUGGAGGGCAUAUUGAAGACGAGAUCACCUCUUUAGCCAUGAGCCUAGAGCUGACGCCCGCUCCGAUAUCUCGUCCACCGGAUUCUCUUUCGGAAAUCCUCAUGCAGUACAAAUCCGCCCAUCCGGAAGCCAGAAGUGCCUGCGACAGGUUGAUUGCAUGCUGCAGGUCAGACGGCCAACCAGAUAUCGAACCCUGGAUUGACUACAGCAUCGUUGAAUUCGAGCCCCUCAAGUGGGAAGGUUGCUUGAAAGUGAGCGGCUGUUGCAUUGGCACUGUAGAGAAGACAAUGCCACCCCUUUACUCAUCUUCCGACAUGGACGCAGUUUCAGACGCAAUCACUGCCUGGCACAAACACGCAGAGUUGUCACAGCCUCUUGAUUUUAGACGGAAUGACUUUGUGUCUACAAUCUUGUCAGGUGUCAAAAAGACUCCAAACGGAUUCGAAAGACUUGGGGCAGACGACGAACUGGCAAUAAGCUACUGGUACCGAUGCAAGAUUGAGAAAGAGGACCUGGACUGGCCAGACCCGAACCUAGCACCGCCUACACCUGAAACUUUGGAUGGUUUCACUGAAGUCAUGCGCUUGUCCGUUACCAAUCGGACCUUCUUCAUCAUACGAGGCGGCGGGAUGGGCCUGGGUCCAGCUUCCAUUGCCAAAGGUGAUGAGAUACAUGCACUUCCUGGUGGCAAGCUGCCUUGGCGACUGCUUCCUCCACGGCGCGAUGGACUAUCAGCUGGGCUCCCUUCAACGCGCGGGUCUUCCAGCGAAGUUCUUUCAUCAGGUGGCGGACAUACUACAAAAUAA